UUGUUUAGCAGGACAGAGGGAUUAUACACUCUGCUGCAGACAAUACACGGUCUUUUAACAGCAGCCAUGGUGGACGCAGCAGCAGCAGAGCAGUUCCUGGAUGCCAAUCCGCAGUUCGCCAAGCAGUACUACGACAUCAACUUCCGGCCUAAGGUCAUCUCAGACCUGCUGGACAGCAACCGCAAGCCAGCGGUGGACGUCAGCAAGUUCCACGACCUGACGAUGGUGGAGGAGAGCGAGAUCCUUUUCGACCUGGUGAGGGACAUCCAGGACAACCUGAACAUGGAGAAGUCCAUCUUCAACCUCAUGAGACACCUCAGCUUCAUGAUGAGGGCCGACCGCAUGAGCCUCUUCAUGUACCGGCAGAGGAAUGGAGUGGCCGAGCUGGCAACCAGGUUGUUUAAUGUUCACAAAGAUGCGUUGUUUGAUGACUGCCUGGUGCCGCCCGACAGUGAGAUCGUGUACCCUUUGGAUCUCGGCAUCGUGGGCCACGUGGCGUCCAGCAAGAAGAUGAUCAACAUUCCUGAUGUGUCGGAGAGCCCUCAUUACAGUGACUUUGUGGAUGAGCUGACCGACUAUAAGACCAAGAGCGUCCUCGCCAUCCCCAUCAUGAACGGUAAAGACAUGGUGGCCGUCAUGAUGGCCAUCAAUAAGUUGGACGGGCCGCGCUUCACUGCGAAGGAUGAGGAGACUCUAAACAAGUACCUCAACUUUGCCAACCUCAUCCUGAGAGUUUUCCACCUGAGCUACCUGCACAACUGUGAGACCAGGAGAGGACAGGUGCUGCUGUGGUCGGCCAGCAAGGUGUUUGAAGAGCUCACAGACAUAGAGAGGCAGUUCCACAAGGCCUUGUACACAGUCAGAGCUUUCCUCAACUGUGACCGUUACUCUGUGGGUCUGCUGGACAUGACCAAGACCAAGGAGUUCUUUGACCUGUGGCCAGUUCUGAUGGGAGAAGUUCCACCAUAUGAUGGACCCAAAACUCCUGAUGGCAGAGAAAUUAUCUUCUACAAACUGAUUGACUACAUCCUACAUGGCAAAGAGGACAUCAAAGUCAUACCGAAUCCUCCGGCAGAUCACUGGGCCCUGGUUAGCGGUUUACCGACCUACGUAGCAGAGUCCGGACUGAUUUGCAACAUAAUGAACGCGGCUGAGGAUGAAUUUUUCGACUUCCAGAAAGAGCCUCUGGAUGAAUCCGGCUGGACCAUUAAGAACGUGCUGUCUAUGCCAAUUGUCAACAAGAAGGAAGAGAUUGUGGGUGUGGCCACGUUCUAUAACAGGAAGGAUGGGAAACCCUUUGAUGAAAUGGACGAAACACUGAUGGAGUCUCUCACCCAGUUCCUGGGCUGGUCGAUGCUCAACCCCGACACCUACGACAAGAUGAACAAGCUGGAGAACAGGAAGGACAUCUUCCAGGACAUGGUGAUGUACCACGUCAAGUGUCGCAAGGAUGAAAUCCAGAAUAUUCUGAACACCAGGGAGAGAUGGGGGAAGGAACCGGACGAGUGUGAGGAAGAGGAGCUCGAAGAGAUUCUGUCAGAGGUCUUGCCAAACUCGAAGAAAUCUGAGAUCUUGGAGUUUCACUUCUGUGACUUUGAACACAGUGAACUGGACCUGGUGAAAUGUGGCAUCAAGAUGUACUACGAACUGAAAGUGGUGGAUAAGUUCCACAUUCCCAGAGAGGCCCUGGUGAGGUUCAUGUACUCCCUCAGUAAAGGCUACAGGAGGAUCACCUACCACAACUGGAGACAUGGAUUCAACGUCGGACAGACCAUGUUCACCCUGCUGAUGACAGGUGACCUGAAGCGUUACUACACAGACCUGGAGUGUAUGGCCAUGGUGACCGCUGGCUUCUGCCACGAUAUUGACCACAGAGGAACCAACAACCUCUACCAGAUGAAGUCUGGUAAUCCUCUGGCGAAGCUUCACGGCUCCUCCAUCUUGGAAAGGCACCAUCUGGAGUUUGGCAAGACUCUGCUGAGAGAUGAAGCAUUGAACAUUUAUCAGAAUCUGAACCGCCGUCAGCACGACAUCGUCAUCCACCUCAUGGACAUCGCCAUCAUCGCCACUGACCUGGCCCUCUACUUCAAGAAGAGGACGAUGUUCCAGAAGAUCGUGGACCAGUCCAAGACCUACGAGAACUGGAACGACUGGACCAAGUACAUGAUGCUGGAGACCACACGCAAAGAGAUUGUCAUGGCCAUGAUGAUGACUGCUUGUGACCUGUCUGCCAUCGCCAAACCGUGGGAGGUUCAGAGCAAGGUGGCGCUGUCAGUAGCUGCAGAGUUCUGGGAGCAGGGAGACCUGGAGAGGACGGUCCUGGAGCAACAGCCCAUUCCUAUGAUGGACAGAAACAAAGCUGCUGAUCUGCCGAAGCUGCAGUGUGGUUUCAUCGACUUCGUUUGCUCUUUUGUGUACAAGGAGUUCAGUCGUUUCCAUGUGGAGAUCACCCCCAUGCUGGACCGCCUGCUGAACAACAGGAAGGAGUGGAACGCGCUGAAGGAGGUGCACGAAGCCAAACUGGCCGAACUCGAGGAAGCCAGGAAAGCCAAGGAGGAGGAAGCUCAGAAAGCCGGGGCGGCCAAACAAGCGAGUGCAGCUCAGGCACAAUCAAAGACUUGUAUUCUCAGCUAAAGACGCCACAUCAGUACCAGCUUGCUUGCUACAUGGUUGUGGUCCAGCGCUGGGUUUCCCUAAAAAGAGCUCUUUUUUUCUUCGAUGUCAUUUUUGAGAUUUCACCUGCAAGCUUCACGUUACUGAGAGCUCGUUUCUCACUUCAAAACACCUGUCACGAUGUCUCUUACGUGUUUUCUGAUAUUUGUCUUAACUUUUUCCUGUUCUGCUUUCGUUUGCACUGCUUCUUCCUGUCUUUCUUUUGUCACUGAAUUACUCAUUAGAUGCUCAACAGUGGCUUGAUGGUGUGUUCAGGCAAGCAUUUUCAAUACACCAACAAGACAGAGUUUCCAUCAAAUUCAGUAUUUAUGCAACAUCACCGAGCAAGUCUUUUUGAAGUGAUCAAAAUGCUUAUUGUUGCAAAAGAAGAUGAAAAUAAUAGCAGAAAUGGUCAAAGACAGUCAACAACCUGCAGCUCUGAUGGUGUGGUAUUAUAGCUUUUUAAGGUAUUUGCAUUAUAUCGCAGAUUUGGUAGAUGUGGCUCCUUUAUGAUGCAGCUGUGUAAACACAGAAAGCGAAACUGCUGCAACCCUGACUGACAGCGGGCAUGUCGAUACUGUCUGCGAAUCAAAUGUCAGCAGUUAUUUUGUACUUUUGGCUCAGGUCUUGUGACAUUAGCUGUGUUGGCACAUUAUUCUCAGCUUGUUUGUCUACAUGCUCCCAAGUGGUCUAAAUUUAUAACUUUGUAAUGCAACAUGCAACAAUCAACAUGAAAAGAAACCGAGGACAUCGCUUCUAUCGCGUAUCGUACAUGUAUCGUGUCCUGUAAUCAGUUAGUGUCAGUCUGAUUCUACUCUGCAGCAUUGGUUUUUCUGUAUGCUGUACAUUUACAUCUGUUACAAGCUUGAACAUAGUAAAGCUAAUCAAUAUAUGCAAAAUUGUCUUUCAGUGGGCUAAUUUCUCACACUCAACAUGCAAAAUGUAAUGCUUUUAUUGUAGUUAAUGAGGAAAUGCAAAAUGCUUGUACGUCACUUUGUUGAAAUUAGUAAAGAUAUAUCGCUA